GAUUCUGGCCAUUUUGUGUCACCGAACGUUCGCAGACUGUCUAUAUCUAUAUAUAUAUAUAGGUAUACGUUCGCCCAAAUAUAUGUGUGUGUGUAUAUAUAGGUAUAUAUGUUAGACACGAAACGUGCAAGAAGGAAAGAUAUAAAGCAGAGAGUGAGAAAGAGUGCGAGCGAGCAGUGAGCGAUGUAUAUAACCUUUUGUUGUGAUGUGUGAUAAAGGAUCGAGUGGCGAAGGAAAAACAAGUGAGAAGAACUCGGGGAAAGCGCGCGGAAAACGAUCGCGGCUGUGUUUCUGCUCUGGGCCGUUUUUUCCGCGGAUCGACGGUGCGUUGUUGUUGUGAACGAGCGCGCGUUUUGGGUUGGUGUGUGCACAAGACGAGUGUUGUUUUGAAGAUCGAAAAGGAAAUGGAAUAAAAUGAUGAUGUUUGUGCGUGCAACGGGUGGAAGAAGAGGUGCCGCCGGAUCCGGAUCGACGGUCGGUUGCAGCAGGCCCUGAACGAAGAAAACGUAAGCGAAGGAGGCCAAGGAAGGACAUUUCUUUGUUUCCGAGUAGGAAAUAGCGAAGAAAGGAAGGAAGGACAGAUCAUCGUAACCAGCAAUUGAGCUUCUCGACUUUGCAAGACUUUUCGAAUUUGAUUUUGGCAAAAGCAAUGACAGUUCAAAAUGUGCGAGGAAGAGGACGUGGCACAGGACGUGUGGUCGAGAUGGAUAUUAGAAGCGAUCCGAAAGAUUCGGUCGCAGAAGCAGAGACCCAGCGUGGAGAGGAUUUGCCAUGCAAUUAGGCAGCAUCACAAUUACCAUGAGGACGUCGUCUCCGAGCACCUGGAGCAGGCCGUCAAGCAGGGCGAUGUCCUCAAGGUUUUCAACAAGGGACAGAGUUCGUACAAGGAUCCCGGCGGUCUGCAGAAUCGCACGCUGCACGUGACGCUCGGAGUCGACCUCAGCAAGGUUGUCACGAAGGCGGUGCGCGAGCUGGGUGAACGCGACGGUUCUACGUUGAAGACGAUCGAGAAGUACGUGCGGCAGUCGCACUCGGUGGUCGAGAGCGGCGAAGACUUGAAGAACUCGCUGCGGAUGGCCGUGAAGCGAGCGUUGAACAGGAAGUUUAUCGUGCAGGAUGGCAAGAACUUUAAAUACAAUUAUAGCCAGGUCAGUCCCAGUUCGCGCAAGAAGACAGGAGGAGAUCUGACGCCGUAUGUAGGACGUGGUGAGCGCGAGCAGAAGCCGCCCACUCGCAUCGUCCCAGCCACGCCCAUCGCAUUGCCCAUAUGCGGGGAAUGCCUGGGCACGGAGCAGAAGAACCAGCAAGGAGUCUCCGAGAAGUUGAGCUCGUGCUCCGAGUGCGGUUCCUAUGUGCACUUGUCCUGCGUCAGCACCGGCCCCGAACUUGCGAUUCUCCUCGCGAAAGGUGCCAAAUGGUUCUGCGAGGACUGUCGAACCUGCGAGGCUUGCGGUAAUCAAAAUGUCUCUACGUGUUUGUUAUGUUGCUGCAAUUGCGAUCGCAAUUAUCACAUGGUGUGCUUGGACCCUCCGGUGGAGAAAAAGCCGAAGUGUCCGUGGCGGUGCCGGCAUUGCUUGGGUCACCAUCAGAACAAGAAACCGGAGCAGCAGGGAAGCGCGGUGAAAAAGAAAUUGGACAGGGUUCGGGAAAAGAUCAAGGAGAAGAAGUUAAUGAGUGUCACGUCGACGCCAUCGUCUGCCGUGUGCGUUGGUGCGACAACGCCGACGUCGGGGGCGGCGCGCAAACGGAUACCAACUUCGAGCAACCAGGAUUUGGAGCUCAGCGAGAGCGAUGACGAUACCAGCAGCGAAAAUGAGGGUACGCCUACAAAAAAACCAAAUCAUCCAAAACCACUACCUACCAUCACCACCAAUACCCAAAACAACCAAAAGAAAUUGCCAAACACCAAUACCACAACCAUCACCACCACCACCACCACCACAAAUGACCACCAGAUCCCGCGCCUUGACACCUCGGACCGUAUGUCCAAAGAGAAGCGAAAGUUCUUCCGCUCGUCCGCGUUCAAUCCGGACAAAAAGAGACAGCCCCCCGCUAGCAACCGAUCGGGAAGUGGCGGCGGCGGCAGCAGUAGCAGCACCAGCAACAACAGCGUGCACAUUAACAACAACAAUAAUAACAACAACAACAGCAGUAGUAGCAGCGGCGGAAGUGUUAGCAAAGGCAAGAAGGCGGACGAUGCGAAAAAGUUGGAUCUAUCGUCGAGCUCCUCUUCAUCGUCUUCGUCCUCCUCCGGCGAGAGUAGCACUUCCGAGUGCAGCUCAAGUAGCUCCAGUUCAGACUCCGACUCGGAGGUGGAGGAAAAGCCGAAGACGUUCGGCUCGGUGGGUGGCAUUCAAGCUAACACCGACUCGAUCUGGGGUUUCGCCGCAGCAGCGGCCAAGGCGAACUCGACGAGCGAUAAACUUUUGACCUUCGCCAACUUGAAUGAAGAGACCAGCGAGGAAGAGACAGGCAGAAAGGUUGGAAACGGUGGAUGCGCCCAACUGCGUAACCUGCAGGACGGCCUUUCACACCUUUUCGCUAUGCCCAACGUCUACAAACCGAGGAAAGCCGUCUCAGCCCCGAACUACAAUCCCGGACGAAGGAAAAAGGACGAGUCCAUCCCAAAUCCCGUCCCCAUCCCUACGCCUGCAACCGCUCCUUCGAAUACAAAUCCUCCACCCAAAUCGAAAGCUCCAAUCCCCGAUCCUCCCAUCCAAACUAGCAACAGCAAAAAGUCGAGUAGCGAUGACACUAAGCUGGGUAACAGUAAGAUGACGCCGUCGCGGCUCGUUAAGACGGCCGUCGAUUCGAAGCGGCACGAGGGGAGGAGUUUGUUGUUAAAGGGUAGUUGUUCGGGCGUGGUCGAGGAACGAGCGACGAAAAAGCGCACAAACGAUGGCCAGACACGUGCGCUUCCGGUCGUGCCAGCCCCGAUUGCCACCAAUCAGACGGGUGUGUACAGACAGCAACUGCCGCCCGGUGUCAACCACAAAGAUGUGGACAUGUUCAAGGAGACGAGGGAAGUGGCGAACGCGACGACCACGACGAAUGCUGCUGUUCCGACGACUGCGGCGACUCUACCGAUACCGCCCGUCUCCACGACCCUCUCGGACCUCUGCAAAUCGGAGAACAGUGAGUCCAACGGACCGCUCACCAGUCCCUCGCUGCAGAUGGCAACGCAGGAGAGAAAUCCGGCCGCCAUCGAGUUCGGCAAAUACGAGAUAGAGACCUGGUACUCGAGUCCGUUCCCGCAGGAAUACGCACGUCUGCCCAAGCUAUUCCUAUGCGAGUUCUGCCUCAAAUACACCAAGAGCAAGGCAGUGCUGGAGCGACACCAGGAUAAGUGCACCUGGAAGCAUCCACCGGCAACGGAGAUCUACCGAUGCGGAGAGAUUUCGGUGUUCGAAGUGGACGGGAACGUUAACAAAAUCUACUGCCAGAAUUUGUGCCUUCUCGCCAAACUGUUCUUGGACCACAAGACUCUCUACUACGAUGUGGAACCCUUCCUGUUUUACGUGCUCACCAAGAACGAUAAGAAGGGCAGUCAUUUGGUUGGUUAUUUCAGUAAGGAAAAGCACUGCCAGCAAAAGUACAAUGUGUCUUGCAUCAUGACGAUGCCCCAAUACCAACGGCAGGGAUUCGGACGAUUCCUAAUAGACUUUUCGUAUCUGCUGUCCCGGGAGGAAGGUCAACCGGGAACACCGGAGAAACCGUUAUCAGACUUGGGUCGGGUUUCUUAUUACGCUUAUUGGAAGUCGGUGAUUAUAGAACAUCUUCACAAUAACCGGAGCAUCAAGAAUCUCAAAUUGACGGACAUCAGUAAGGAGACUGGCAUGUAUUGCCACGACAUUGCCACCAUCUUGCAAAUACUCAAUUUCAUCAAGUACAAAACGGUGACGGAAGGAAACGAAGUUGUCUACAAGCCUGUGCUGUGCGUGGACUGGAAGAAAGUGGACGGGUACAUCGAGAGGGUGUCCAAAUCGAAGACCCCUCGCAUCAAGAUCGAUCCAGAGUGUUUGCGGUGGACGCCAUUGCUUACGGCAACGGUGAAUCCUUUCAGAGAAGACAAAUCCGAUACCGAUAAUAAGGACAACAGCAUUAACGAAACAGCCGACAUUAUAGUGCCACAACCCGAGAAGAUCAUCCUUGAAACGCACACCGGGGUGAAGAUGCGGCGAGGCAAAAAGAGGCGCAACAACAGCAACACCUAUCGCACCCCGAAAGCCGCGAAGAUCGUGGUUGAAGAAUCUCCGCAGGAUCCGAUACCUGCCGUCGUCGAGGUCACCUCCUCGGGACGAAAGCGCACCAGGCCUAGCAAGUUCAAGGAAACCACCUUUGGCGAUAACAAGAAAGAUGUUAAACGCAAGAGGAACGAGAGCUUAACCGAACCGGAAAUUGAUACGAAGAAACUGAAGGUGGAGGUGGUGGCGAAGGACGAAGAGGAGGAGGAAGAGGAGGUUAAGGAGGAAGAAAUUAAGGCCGAGGAAGUUAAGGUGGAAGAGAUUAUAACACCGCCGCCGGUCUCCAAGUCUCGCGCUAAGGUGGUGCAACAAGGUCAGCGCUGGUCCCAGCGUAGAGCCAAGAAGUUGGAGUACAAAGUAAUGACGCCCGAGGUGGAUGAGACCGUGGAAGAGCCAGUGGUCACUCCUGAUCCUCCAAUAGUCACGCCACCCAUUGCCACGACAACAGCGACGACGACGACAACGACUACACCUCAGAUCAGAAAGAGGCAAAACAGGCGAAGAACCGGCUGGUCGAAUAACAGACGAAAGCCGAAGACCACGCAGCUCACGUUACCAGAGAUGCUGGCUAAAGCAAACGCGGCGAACGAAAAGAAAUUGCAGGAGGAAGUCAAGUCGAAGCUCGAUAAGCGCCGUACCAAGAGGCCCUCGUGCGAGGAGGAUUCUUCUGCGGAAGCCGACGACGAAAUGGAGGAUGAGGUGGUCGUGCAGAAACCUCCUACGCCCAAGUACAAGAAACCCGAAAAGGAGAACAACAAUCUGCCCAAGAAGAUUCCCAACGAGUUCACCAGCAGCUCCGAAUCCGAGACCGAGAUUGACGGACAAAAGAUCAAGAUCAUCUCACAGGAGGAGAUCAUGGAAAUCACAAAGAAAUGCGGCAUUCUCAGUCCAACGCCAAGCGACGAAGAUUCGCGCGUCAAAUUGGAGUGCAAAGAGGAAGAGUCCAAAGUUGAUAUCUUGGCAGUCGAAGCAACAGAUGCAGCCUCCGCACCGAUUCCUCCAGCUUCGCCCAUGGUAAAAGAAGAGUCAAGUCCUCCCAAAGAGAUGGAACCGCCCAAAGAAGAAACCAAAAGUCCAGCUGUUAACGUAGCGGAGCAGUCGAAAAUUGUCGAAGACAAACCGCUUGACGUCGCUCCCGAAGACAACAAAAAAUCCGAAGAGAAGGAAGUUAUCGAAGAAAAGGUUCAGGAAAAACCACAAAAUUCACCUAAACAUGAAGAGCCAUCUUCUAAACCUGAUAAGAGUAAACCGGUCGAAGAGGAGGUGCUGAUUCAGCCGGAAGUCGAGAAAACUCAAACGGAACCGAAUCUAACUGCGAAAUACCAAGCAGAACUAGCGAAAUAUCAGGAGGAGGCAGAUAAGAAGGCGCAGCAACCCAAAGAGGAGGAAAAUCCGAAACCAGAAGUAAUCGCGUCCAAAGAAACCAAAGCCGCCUCUCCUGAGCCAACCGUUCCUGCAGCACCAGCCCCACUUCCCUCUCCGCCGAAGCCACAGGCAGAAACUAAAGUGGAAGCGGAAGUUCCCAAGCCUGCGGAGGAGGCAAAGGAGGUGGAGAUAAAAAAGGAUGCGGAAGUUCCAGUUAAGGUGGAACCACCAAAGCAAGAAGUAAUUAAACCAGUUAUAGAAGAACCACCUCCACCCAAACCUCAAGUGGUAGAAGCACCUGCGCCUAUCGUGAAGCAUCAGUGCAUGCAGGAGAUGCCACCAAAGAUGAAUUCCGAUCUGAUGAGAUUUCAGCACGAAAAAUACCAGCAGGAUUACAAUAAGUAUCAGCAGGAGAUGGCGAUCUAUCACCAAGAGGCAAAGAAAUACCAGCAAGAUGUGGCGUUCAUUGCGCACCAACAGGAGAUCGCUCGCAUUCAGCAGCAAGAGCAUCUUGCAUCUUCGUUUGCAGCGAAACAGUACGAGGUGAUAAAACCGCAGCAACACGUGGUGGACGAGGCAUCGAUGAAACAGAAACCGAUGGAAAAUGCCGUCAAACAUGAAUUAACGGCGAGAACAGUGCAAGAGACUAAGGUUAAAAAGGCCGAGGAUUUGCCGCAACAGAGGGAACCUAACGAGAAGUUGCAGAAGGAUGAGACGAAUAAAGGUCACGCGGAGGAAAAGAAGAAGGUUAAAUCGGGGGAGCAGCAAACGAAGGAGUUGAAAAAGUACCAUCAUAAAGAGAGUCAUUGCGUGUCGCAGGAUAAAAGGUAUCUAAAACCGGAGGACAACAAGAAGGUUGUGACGCAGCAGCAGCAGCAGCAACAACAACAGCAGCAACCACCGCCUCCACCACCUCAUCAUGAAACCGAUAAAAUGCCUCCGGAGUAUACGAUGGCGACGCCAAACUAUCAGCAGAGCUAUCAGUGGCACUGGGAUAGGCUUGCAUUGGAUCGCAACUUCUACCAUCAGUAUCCAUUGUCGAUGUAUUCAUCGAUUCCGCCAGAAGUAUUGCCCAAGAAUCCGCAACUUGAAAGUGGCAGAGAGAAGACUCCAAAAGCUCAGCAUCAUCGGCCGGCGGUGAAAUUGAAGGAAAAGCCGUCGCCGAAGAAGGACGAGAAGCACAAGAACAGCAAGGAGGGAGGUGAUAAAGGAUGCGAAAAACCGGAGAAGAAAAUGGUCAAGGAGACUGUAGAGAAUGAGGUGGACGGAAGUAAUCAGAUGGCGGCUGGUGGUGGUAAAGACAUUCCAUCGAUGGGUGUUUACACCCCAGAUUCGACGACCAACUCUGUGCACAGCCUGCAUUACGGACAGUGCGAUCUGGACGCCGUCAGUCAGCUAGGAUUGGAGUCGCCUGCGUCCAUCAGCAGCGAUAUGGCGUCGCAGAAUUCGGUGGAACCGGUGAGGCCUCCGUCAGCAGUGGCCGCUGCAGCAGCCUCCGGCACUCCUAGCUACGAUUGCACGGUUCAGCACAACAUGCAGGCAACUCUUCACGCCCAGCAGCAACAGCAGCAGCAGCAGCAGCAGCAACAACAGCAGCAACAACAACAGCAACAGCAGCAACAACAACAGCAGCAACAACAGCAGCAGCAUAAUCAAACAGCGGCGCCGGCUUCGAGUCCAAACAUUGCGAUGAGCAACAAAAGGUCUAUGCAACAGCAGCGGAAUAGAAGCGCCACACCUUCUAGUAAACAGCACGCGAACAUGAGGAGCACACCGCCCACACCUCAGCAGCAGCAGCAGCAGCAUGUUCAACAGGUGCAACAGAGGCAAAGAGCGACGCCCCCGGUGCAACCUCCCAGUCAGCAGCACAUGCAGCCGAGCCCAACGCAGGCCACAAUCCAUCAGAGCCAGCUGAACCCCAUGCAACAGCAUAACCAUCCGUCGCAGCAACUGCAGGCGCACAUCCAGCACCAGGUGGCAAUGCACCAUUCGCACCACCACCAGCUAGGUUCGGCGCCUCCCAUGCACCAGCAUCCGCACCCCCACCACCACCAUCCCAAUUAUAUACCAGUGCCUCAGAUGGCGGUGAGCUCGCAGGCAUUUCCCUCUCAGGCGGCCAGCAGCUACGUGAGCGUACCGGGCAUGACCACCGUCAUCCAGCAUCGUAUGCCUGCGACACAUCAACCGCUCAAUCAGAAAUCGUGCGCGGUCACCGCCGGCGGAAACUUCUACUUCCAGGCGAAUCCGAACGGACACGCACCCGCGACCACGCCGACGACGGCCGCCGGUCCGCCCACCGUCGCAGCCAACCAGAAUCAGGCGAACAGUAGCUGCAGCCUGGCCAAGCUGCAGCAGCUGACCAACGGAUUAGAGAUGAUCCCGCCGACGGCGUGCAGCACCAUGACUCCACCCCCGCCUACAGCAAUGACGUUGACGCCGCCGCCCACUCAUCACACGACCAUGACUCCGCCCCCGAAUCAUCAUAUUCUGCAGAACCAGCGCAACCUACCGACGCCGCCGUCCGCCAUUCCCAAUCUGCAGUCGCAGGUGCUUGGCUACAAGUACUACCAGCCGAACAUGAACGUGAAUCAGUUGAGUGGUACCGUGACGCCGCCGAUGCCUCAGAACGCUCUUCGUUCGGCCGCCGCCGCUGCAGCCGCCGCUCGAAACACGAACGUCGCCGUCCAGCAUAUGCAGACCACCUCGAGCAGGGCAAGCCCGAACGUCACUCUCAAUCCAAUCAUGGCGCAGUACAACCACCUGAACGGGUAUCGGAUGGCCACGCAGCAGACGCCUGCGGUGACUGGAUACAUCACCAAUACGGCAGGAUUCAUCAACAACACACAGAUCCCGAUGCAGAUGGGAGUGAUGAACAUGAGCCAAACCCAAUAUCAGGAUCCUGCGGCCAUCCAGAGAGGUGCUCCUCAGUACACCUACGGCUACAUCAAUGGCAGCCUCAUGCAACCACUCAACGGCACGAUGCGGAGGUAAACAGUGGUGCUCUCUCUCGGCGAUGACCACAACAACAACAACGACGACGAAGGAUGGAUGGAUUAUUUUAUACAGAGACAAAAAUAACAAUACAAAAACAAAACAUUCUAGGCUGUGUCCGCUUGUAUAUAUAUUAUAUGUAUUGAAAGAGGAAGACUAUAUAAUGAUUAAGGGACGACGAGGGAGGAUAACGUUCCUUUCUCUUUUUCCAUUUCGAUAAACUUUAUUUUACUCUGUUUCUUUUUUUUUUGUUUUAGCAAGUUGAGAAUUGAUUUUACUUGGUUUAUUGUUUAGAAGUAAUUUCAUUUCGAUUAAUUUAUUUUGUAAGAUAUAAUGUGAAUAUUGUAUAUUUCUACACAGGGACAGGUUUAUAGAUAUUAUAUA